UGAAGCGGGCCACCAGAGUCCUUGAGGUAGUUAGUGACGAUCCAAGGACUAGGAGACAGUGAGUGGAUGGCUUCCCAGUGGGAUUCCCAGCUGCUGGGUGGGGUGACAAGGAAAGAAGAAACAACCUCACUGAGGGCUCACUCAGCCUUACUGUGGACGAAAGCAGGGUCCUCAAUGAGCCGGUGAAGUGCCAAGGGUGCAGCUGUGGAAAGCUACCAGAACCCCCCAGAUGCUCACUCACCUGCAGAGCUCAGCCACCAGGCCUUCUAGUGCACUGGGCUCUCUCCUAGACCAGCCCGAUGGCUGCAUGCGAGACAUGCGUCAGAGGCCGAGUGGCCUCCACUGUGCGUAACUGCAUGAUGGUCGGUGGCACAGUGGUCCUGGUGGUGGGGACACUCUGCUUUGCAUCAUGGAGCGAAGGUAAUGCAGCGGUCCAGCCUGGCUCACUGGCCCCCACCAUGAAACAGCCAUUGCCUGAGAUGCCCCUGACUUUGCUCAAGUCUGUCAGCUUCCUCUGCUGUAGCAUGGGUGGUAUGCUUCUGUUCUUUGGCCUGCUUUGGUCCAUCCAGGAAAAGACAAAGAAGUCAAGCCAGGGGGACCUCUACCGACUCUCCAGAGACCUGUAUCACCUUGCUGUGGAGUCUCCUGAGAGGGAGAGCUACAGGUCUCCCAAGGAGGCUGCCAUUCCCACUUACGAGGAGACCGUGUACUGCCCACUGGCUGAGGGUCCCCUGCAACUCCCCGUGCAACCUGAAGAAGACCUCCAGUGCCACACCCCAGGGGAUGCCCGGCUGGGGUCAACAUCCCUCUCACCUCCACCCAGCUACGAGAGCAUCAUCCUCGCUCAGGGGCCUGUUUCUGGAUCGAGUGCUGCAAGCUCCAGCCCAGGUUGAGCUCAGGCUGCAGGAGAGUUACAGGUCUCCAGCAAGGCUGUGAAGCUGGCCCCUAACCAGCGAGCUUUGCUCAGGGUCUCCACCAGCGCUGGGUUCACAGCAGGCAUUCAACAAGGGGUCUAUUGCUGGGUGCUGUUCAUGCAUCUGUUGCUGUGUGAGCAGUAGUUGGCUUUAAAUAAACCCCACUUUAUUAUGUCUCACAUUUUA